AUGUUCAAACUGUGCGUCAAAGGAGGAUACCGAACCGAGAUUUAUUCUGGAAAAGUUAAUGACAAUAAAGGAAGUGUUGCGGGAAACAUAGUCAUGCGUUUGAUGGAUGGUUUGUUGGAUUCUGGUCGAACAGUUUUCUGUGACAAUUGGUACUUCUCAGUUGGUCUAAUUCGAAGGCUUUUGGAAAGAAAAACGGACUUCGUGGGAACUUUUCGCGAACAAAGGGAAGGUUUUCCUUCUGCACUCACAAAGAAGAAAAUGCCCAAGGAUACGGCUGAAGCUAUGCAGUCUUAA